AAGCCUGAGCUUUCCACAAUUUUCCCCUCUAAACGCGUCAUGAACCGCUUGCUUUUUGACUACGACUCGCGCUUGAACUUCAAAAAUCUUUAUCCCAUUUAUGAGUCUGUAUAUCGAUCCAUCGACUCUGAUGGCUUUACGCUCCCCAACUACGCCACAUCCGCCGAUUUAAUGUUGAUGAGGGAAGUCUUGGGCGUCAUCCGGAAGCGCACACAUGCAACCAACCGGCACUUGCUCGCGUUGGAGAACGAGUUGGUAGAGAAGGCUGCAGAAUUGGGAAAUAACGAUGCCGUUGCGACCCUCGCGUUCGAGACCAUCAAUGAUCCAGGGAAUCCUGAGGAUAUGGCCCAUGCCAAAAAGCUUGUUAUCGAGCUUUUCAAGCUAGAAAACCCGUUGACAUUCAAGCUUUCCGGUGAUCUAGCUUGGGCAAAAAAAGACGUCGGUCAAGCCGAGGCCUUGUACACGCGUUUCCUUGAGUUAGAACCCAAUACCGCAACAUCCUCAGAAGUCUACAAGAACCUCGCCUUUAUUAACUUCCUGAAGCCAGACUUGCUCGCGCUGCAGCGAUAUUUCGAAAAGUCCAUCAAGUUCGGGGAAGCUGCGAACGUCGCCCAGUGCCACUUCUAUCUUGGUCAGCUCGCCCAUGCUCAGCCGCUGCUUGCCCGCCACCACUAUGAGGCUGGGGCAAGUCAGGGCUUGAUUGAGGCUUUCCCUGCCUUGGGCUUUCUUGAGAUGAACUAUUACAAUAACUUUGCCAAGGCAGUGGAAUGGUUCAAGCUUGGCGUAGAGUUGCGCGAUAGUACCGCUCUUAUGGGCUUGUUUGACUGCUAUGUGCGGAUGGAAUUGUGGGAGAAGGCUGAAGCAACGCUC